GCACUUUGCACGUGAGCUCACUUUCUGCUGAUUGCUCUGCUAGACACAUCGUUUAGCAUCUGAGCAUCCAGAGGGGAACCAUGCAAAUCUUCGUGGAUGCUUUGGGUGGUCGCACCCUGAACCUGAACGUCGCCGCCGACGCUUCGGUCGCCUCCGUCGCGGCGCAGGUCGAGAACUUGGAGUUCAUCUCGAACUUCGGCCUCACCUUCGCCGGCAAGUCGAUCAACGCCGGCCUGCUCUCGGACUACAACGUCUGCGACGCCGACACCCUCAAGGUCACGUUCGACCUUGUCGGUGGUAUGCGUGCCAAGUGGCGCAAGAAGCGCAUGCGUCGCCUGCGUCGCAAGCGCCGAAAGAUGCGCCAGCGUGCCAGAUAAAUGGCCGGCGCGCCAGACGUGGCGAUCCCGCAUCAUUGACGCCGACGACUUUUUCGCCUGAAGACGCCGCCGCUGCCAACGACGCUCGCCGCCGGUAGCUUAGCCUUCCGAUCCUUGUGUAACGAAGAUUCUGCCACCAUAA